UUGUACAGCUGGAUUGUGAUCGAGAUCGGCUUUUGUUCCACCCACCCCGAUCGGUCGGUGGUGAGUGGGGGAGCACUCACGUCGUUUCGCGUCACGAUCUUCGCGCACCGUGGGACAAUACCCGAAGUCGCGCAGUACGAAUCGGGCAGAACGGCGCGGUUUGGCUGGAUUUUCUGGCCGCUGCAUCUCCACACGCAGCACGCACACGGACCGUUUUGCCCGGCUAAUGUCACACGCCAUGCGCCAGACGAUAGAUCGGGGCUAAUUUUAGCCGUACCGUGGUUUGUUUAUUUUUGCCUGCCGCCUGCCAGUCGGCUCGCCGAACAGUUUCGUCGCGAAAAUCAUGCUGCCGUGCCUCCGGUGUCGGUGGUUCCGGUGUCCGGUCCGGGCCGGUCGAUUGCCAACGGGUUUGCAGUACGCUUCGCGACACGAUCACGCUCGGGUGUGUCUGUUUAGCUUCAGGCGCGGCAAGAUUGGCGCUGUGAUUGGGUCCGAUGGAGGAGCACGUUACGAUUGCGAGUGGAUCAGCUGAUCGCGGAACAGAAAAGUGUUACAUCUGUGGCGAACAGUUCACGGCAGGGCCGGAGCUAGAUCAUCAUCUGGACACACAGCAUGCCGCGGGCCUCAUACCGUAUCGCUGUGCGACAUGUGACACCGAUCGAUGCUUACCGAUCCGUUCGAUGCGUGCUAUUAAUAAACAUUUCGCCCUGCACGAUGCGAACGAGCGAAUGCACCAGUGCAGCUACUGUCCGCUGCGCUUCCGCACCGAGCGCAAUCGACAGUCCCACGUGCGGCUGUACCAUCGUGGCGGAGCACACAAUGUGGGGGACGAGACGGGGACAGCAUUGACGGAGCAGGAUUGCUUAUCGAGCCAGCAGAAACCAGCGAUCGGGCGUAGUGAAAAGGAUCGCUUCCAGUGCUGCCACUGUGGCCGCACCUACACGUCCGCGAACGCACUCAAGCGGCACGAAAAUACGCACACGCUGGGGGUGCGUUACGCCUGCCGGCAGUGUGGGAAGGUGUUUGCCAAGCUGGAUUGCCGCGCGCAGCACGAGCGCAUCCACAGCCAGACGCGACCGUACGGGUGCGAUCAGUGUUCGCAGACGUUCAUUCAGCUGGGCCAUCUACGCAUACACAAGCGCGCGCGGCACAGUGGCGAACGGCCCCACGUGUGCGCGGUCUGCAAUCGGGGGUUUCGGUGCCGGACGGCACUAACCGUGCACGGGCGCACGCACACCGGCGAGAAGCCGUUCCGGUGUGCGGUCUGUUCGGUGCGGUUUACUGACGCGGGCACGUUGCGGAAGCAUGGAGCGGUGCAUCGCGAGAAACUGGUGAGCAGUGCUGGUCGAGGAAGUCGCGAUGCAGCUGCAAAGGGGUAAAAGGAAGGCUAUCGUAGACAAGAAGAUUGUGAUAAAUACACUCAAUGCGUAUGCGUAGCUCCAUACAACUCGUAAGAUUCUG